CUCUUUCUGAGAGGGGCGGGGCCCCCUUUGCCCAGCCCCCACUCGCCCCACGGUGCUGGGCUCCUGCUUUGGAUCCCGACAGGCUUGGCUGCUGGAGCAGGAGCAGGAGCAGGAGUCGAGGAGGGGCCAGAGGCAGUCAGGGGCGGGAGCCCGUACGGAGGAGGUAAAUUCCUUGAAGUCUGGGACUCUCCCUCUUUUCCAGCCUGGAUCUACACCCCUCUGAUUAAACAUCAUGGAGCUGUAUUUUGGAGAAUAUAAGCAUGUGCAGCAGGAAUAUGGAGUGCAUCUUAGGCUUGAAAGUGAUGAGACCAAGAAAUCAAGACUUUCUCAGAAUGCAAAGACAGGAUCGUAUGGUGUCAGUAUUAGAGUUCAAGGAAUUGAUGGCCAUCCAUACAUCGUACUGAAUAAUACAGAGAGAUGUUUGGCAGGCAUUCCUUUUGCGGAAAAUGGGCCAUCAUUUACAUCUCCAACAGUCAAUGACUUGCCUUUACAUUCCAACAUUGAUCCCAGACUAGAAGAGAAAGUCAGUGAAGAAAUACAGUUCCCAGAAAACCCAUACGCACAGCCCAGUGCAUUUAGAAGUCUAAAGCCAGCCAGUUUUUAUGAAGGUAAAAAUGGAAUUCUUGACCACAAAGAUAGUUCACUAAAGACUGCCAAUAUGUUGAACUUUCAGAGGCACCCUGAACUUUUGCAGCCUUAUAAUCCUGAAAAAAAUGAGUUGAAUUUAGAGACUCACAGAUCUCCUGAGCGUAAUUGGACCAGAAUACUUACAGAUGAAACUAAAAAUGAUAAACGUUCACAAACUUGCUUUUCUAAACCUCCUACUUCUCAGCCAGCUAGCACAUCUUCAGGAGAGGUGUCAAAAUGCAAUGUGACAGCCAUUCGUUUGUGCAGCUCAAUCGUGAUAGAUGAUCCCAAGAAGCAGGCAUCGGUGUGUCUGAAUGUUCAGAACUGUGCUACUGAGGGGCAGCCAACUGAAGCUCCUACUCCCAUUGAAAAGCCCCUUCCUUCCAUUCACUCUGAUACUCAUCAGGAAAGCAAAAAAAGUCGGCCAGAUGUUCUCCCCUUUCGCCGGCAAGAUUCUGCUGGGCCACUGUUGGAUGGUUUUAGGUCACGGAGGUCCUCUUCCUCCUCAGCAACCCCUACUUCAGCCAACUCUUUGUACAAGUUUUUACUGGAUGACCAAGAUUAUGCCAUCCAUGCUGACAAUGUGAAUCGUCAUGAAAAUAGAAGAUAUAUCCCUUUCAUGCCAGGGACAGGCCGGGAUAUUGACACAGGUUCUAUUCCAGGUGUAGACCAAUUAAUUGAAAAAUUUGAUCAGAAAGUUGGCUCUCAGAGAAGAGGGAGGUCUGGGAAACGGAACAGAAUUCAUCCAGAUGAUCGAAAGAGGUCUAGAAGUGUAGAUAGUGCCUUUCCUUUUGGUCUCAAGGGAGACUCUGAAUACUUAGAUGAGUUUAGCCGAAACUUGGGCAAAUCAAAUGAACAUCUCCUCAGACCAUCUCAAGUUUGGGAGCAGAAGCCCCUGUCUCGUGAUCGUCACCUGCUUUCUGGUGGGAAACAUACUGUGGCAGGGCACACCUCUGGGAAACUGCAGGAACCAGGUCAAGAUACUCCUGAUGGACAGCCCAGGCCUUCACAGUUCAACAGUGCAAGCAAAGGUCAUGAAAAUAAAGUUAACAAAGAUAGUGGAAUGAUGAGACCCUCCACGCUUUCGACUCAGAAUAAAAAGGAGGAAGAAAUAAAAACGGCAACUACCACAGUGUUGUUACAGAAUCAGGCUGCGAACACAUCACCUGAUUCAGGAACGAAGAAAAUUUUCAUCAAGACACUCUCUUCUGCUACAAAUAUUCAGGCCACACCUGACCUGUUAAAAGGCCAGCAAGAACUUGCUCAGCAAACAAAUGAGGAGACAGCUAAACAGAUCCUUUAUAAUUACCUCAAAGAAGGGAGCACAGAUAAUGAUGAUGCCACUAAGAGAAAAGUAAACCUGGUAUUUGAGAAGAUUCAGACUUUAAAGUCUCGAGCAGCUGGAAGUGCACAAGGAAACAAUCGAGUUUCUGAUUCUUCAGCUGAGGUCAGAGAGCUGCUGGAACAGAGAAACAAACUGAACAGGGAGGUUUCAGAACUUCAGAAACAGCUCAAUCAAGAAAUUAGGAAUCAACAAAACAUCAAAGAAGAGCGAGACCGAAUGAGAGCCAACCUUGAGGAGCUUCGAAGCCAACAUGAGGAGAAAGAGAAGGAGACCUCAACACUGCAGAAACGUCUGGAUGACAGUGAAAUGGAGCUCCGGAAAAAUCUAGAGGAGUUGUUUCAGGUGAAGAUGGAACGGGAACAGCACCAGACAGAGAUCAGAGAUCUCCAGGACCAGCUCUCAGAAAUGCACGAUGAGUUGGAUAAUGCAAAACACUCAGAGGAUGGAGAGAAGGGAGCCCUAAUUGAGGAACUGUUACAAACAAAGCGGGAUCUACAAGAUGUUUUGAUAGCCAAAGAGGAGCAAGAAGAUCUACUAAGAAAACGAGAGAGAGAACUCACUGCCUUGAAAGGAGCAUUAAAGGAAGAAGUAUCCAGCCAUGAUCAGGAAAUGGAUAAACUCAAGGAGCAGUAUGAUGCAGAACUCCAGGCUCUUCGAGAGAGUGUAGAAGAAGCCACCAAGAACGUUGCAGUCCUGGUCCAUCGGAGUAGCACUUCACAACUGACUCAGGUUGGAGCAGAAAACCAGGUGAAGGCCUUAGCUGAAGAAAAUGAGAAGCUACAGGAAAAAAUCAGAGAACUGGAACUGAGCAUGGCACAACUUCAGACCCUGGUUGAUGAGAUGAAAUUAGUUGAAGUCAAAAUGAAGGAAAAACUAAAGAAAUGUGAGGCAGAAAAGCAGAAAUUAGAAGAGUCCCUUUCAUGUGCCAGAGACCAAGAAAAGGAAAUGCUCUCAGCAAAAACAGUACUAGAGAAUCAACUAGAGGACAUUCAGAGAAAUCUCAGCCAGGCCACACAGGAGCAGCAGAAUCUCUCUGAGAAGUUACAGGAUGAGACAGAGCAGAAGGAACAGUUGAGGAGAUUGAAGAAUGAGAUGGAGAAUGAGCGAUGGCAACUGGACAAGACCAUUGAGAAACUGCACAAGGAGAUGGCUGACAUCGUGGAGGUUUCACGGACAUCAACUCUGGAACUCCAGAACCAGCUGGAUGAAUACAAGGAGAAAAAUCGCCGGGAGCUUGCCGAAAUGCAGAGGCAAUUAAAGGAGAAAACCAUGGAGGCAGAAAAAUCCCGUCUGACAGCCAUGAAAAUGCAAGAUGAGAUGCGACUGAUGGAGGAGGAGUUACGAGACUACCAGAGAGCUCAAGAUGAAGCAGUCACAAAAAGACAACUUCUAGAACAAACAUUGAAAGACCUUGAGUAUGAACUGGAGGCCAAGAGUCAUCUUAAGGAGGAUCGAAGUAGACAAGUCAAGCAAAUGGAGGACAAAAUUUCUCAGCUAGAGAUGGAACUGGAUGAAGAAAGGAAUAGCUCUGAUUUGUUGUCUGAGAGGAUCACCCGGAGCAGGGAACAGAUUGAACAAAUGAGGAGUGAGCUGCUACAAGAGAGAGCUGUAAGGCAAGAUUUGGAGUGUGACAAGAUUUCCCUGGAGAGACAGAACAAGGAUUUAAAGAGCCGGAUAGUUCACCUGGAAGGUUCAUAUAGAUCAAGUAAAGAAGGACUAGUAGUGCAGAUGGAAGCCAGGAUCUCAGAACUGGAAGACCGGCUGGAGAAUGAAGAGAGGGACAGAGCUAAUCUUCAGCUGACCAACCGAAGACUGGAAAGGAAAGUGAAGGAGCUGGUGAUGCAGGUCGAUGAUGAGCAUCUCUCCUUAACUGACCAAAAGGACCAGCUAAGCUUACGUUUAAAGGCAAUGAAGCGCCAGGUUGAGGAAGCAGAAGAAGAGAUUGACAGGCUGGAGAGUUCAAAAAAGAAGCUUCAGAGAGAGCUGGAAGAGCAGAUGGACGUGAACGAGCAGCUUCAGGGACAGCUCAGCAACAUGAAGAAGGAUUUAAGACACAAGAAGAUGCCAAGUAAAGUGCUGGAUGAUCUGGAUGAUGACGAUGAUGACGACUUCAGUACUGAUGGGGGUAGUCUAUACGAAGCACCCCUGGGAUACUCAUUCUCAAAGGAGAAUGACCCCACUAAAUCUGCUUCUGCUUCCCUCAGUGUUUGAGCAGCAAAUCUAUCUAAGCAAGCCACCAAAGUGCAGCUGACCAGAGCCAGAUGCAUAAAAGGGUCCAUUUGGAGUGGAGACCUUCCCCUUUAUUCACAACGUGUGCCAUUUCCUCAAGUAUUAUAAUCCUUACUUUGGGUAGCCAGAUUGCAGAGCAGCUCUAGCAUCCAAGGCAGGAAGAUCCUGUGUUAUAAAACAUUUAGAAACCUGAUAGAUAGGGCUUACUUACCCUUUGAGCAUCAGCUCAUAUAGCCAAAAAUCAAGGUGGUUAGAAAGCAACAACAACAUGGAAUGAGGCCAAGAUCAAGCAUAAUCAUUAUUUGCCCAUUCACCAUUUGAUUGUGUUCACCACCCAACCUGAUGAUCCCAAAUGACAGGAUAUAGGGCAUAAUUUCUAUCUAAAUAAUGGUAUGUUUCCUAGAAUCUGAUGGUCCCAAAUGCCAGGGUAUAGAUAUAGGGUUAGGUUAUAUUUAAUAACUCUAAGUUGGGAAAAAUCUUAUAUAUAGGUUGUAAAUAUGUUAAACUAGACCUCACUGACUUCUCUAGUUCCAUUUUGGAAAACUACAGAAGUUUUAUAGGUCAGUUUCAUAUGUAAAGUAUACAAAUCUAUAUUGAGUAUUAUAUCUUUUUAAAUAAGAAACUACUAGAUUUUAAGUAUUAAGAUUGAUUUAAAACCAUUUUGUAAAUCAAUAUAAAAAGGGGAUGGCUGGGUCUUGAAGGAAUUCAAAUAAUAGCCAUGUUCUUUGGAAAAGCCACUUUUUAAUAGAGGGCAGGUAGUCAGAGAUUCAGUGGUAGUUGAUUUUUCUCCUCUACCUGCAGACGAAACUAUUUCAUUCUUCAUCUCUGGAUUUAUUUUCUAAUUCUUUAUGUAAAAUGUAUAUUUUACAUUUAGGGACAAGCUGAGGUAUGUCACCACCACUUUCAAGCUUUCUGGGGGUAUGGAAGGAAGAUUUGUCUUCCAAACUUUAGCUUUCUUUAGCAGUAGGUGACAGCUGCUGGAUACAUUAUGAGCUAGGCUGGGCACCCCUGCCGCUGAUGAAAGCCCCCUCUACUCCAACCCGCAGUGCUUGUUCUUCCAGGCUCCUAAAUGGGAAGAUGGCGAGAACUGAUGAAAUGCUGAGAGGUCAUGAUUGAAAUUAGAAUUCAGGGUCUUGAAGAGAGUGGGAGAGAGGUAGGAAGAGGGAGUAAGGAGAGGUAAGAGAUGAUGAACAAGUGUACAUGGGUAUAGGGUGAGUGGAGUAGGAGAAACAGGAACCAGAGAGGGAAAAGAAAAUAAGAGAGUCCUGAAAUUGGAGAGGAUGAGUAGGUAGAACAUGGACUGAGCAGGAUCUAUGGUCUUGUUAUAUUUAAAUACUGGAGAAAGGGGGUAGGUAGAAAUAGUGCUGUGAAAAAAGCAGGAGCUACUGAAGAACUUGCUUAAUUUCUAAGAACUGUGCCUUUGGGUGGCAUAGGGACAACAGGGAGGUCAGUCCUUCUUUUCCCUUGACACCACUAAAACUCUGAAGGUGGUGGUUAGAAAAAAUCAUGUCAGAAAUGGUUAGGUAGCUUGCUAGAAAUGGGCUGUGGUAGGAUGAAGAUAAAGGCAUGGCAGGCCAUUGCCACUACCUCUCUUAAUCACUUUGAGGAAGGUGACUUAAAUGAUCUAUAAGGUCUCUUCCAACUCUAGAAUUCCAUGAUUCUUUCAUUCCCUUAUAUAUCUAUAUAUAUCUAUAUAUAAAUACUUUCCCCACUUAUCUCUUUAAUGACUAACCCAAAGAACCUUCUCACUAAUGUUUUCUAUAGCUCUCUGAAAAACACAUUCUUAAAUUUUUUUUAAAAAAGAAGACAAUUGGACCAAAUGCACAAUGCUGUGACGACAAUCAUCAGAAAAUUGUAUUUUUUGCGUGUGAUUUCUGAUUACUUUUGCAUUUAUGAACACCUUUUUACAAUUCCAGUAGAUGUGUGUUCAGCUCAGUUUUCUACUAAGCCAUAGUUUAGUCGCUGCUCUUUAUCACUGGGAAGAUAUAUUUUCGUUGCAGCUACCUCUAUGUACAUGAAACUGUAAACGCCAAGAUCACUUUUCAAUAAACAAUGUCCAUAAACUUCAA